GGCGCACAUCGAGCGAGCAUGUUUAUUUUGAUAUUUUCACAUUUCCGAAGUUUUUACCACUUUAAGACAGUAUCCACUGAACUAUUUUUUAACACAUCGUGUUUAAUGUAGUAUGAUCAUGUCUACUGACGAUGUUGACGAUUGUCAGCAAAUUUCCAUUGAAAUACGACGAUGUAAACAACAAACAGAUGCUGUUUCUCGAGUGACAGCGAAAUUUACAAGACUGCAAGUAAUCACAUGUGUCAUCUCGGAAAUAAGUUCAGAAACAUGCACGGAGAAGUUGGAAUCUACUUUGGAAGGUUUUUGUUCUAUUCUGGCAACCAGCCAACAAUGUUGGUUACAGUGUACGGAGGAAUCUGACAGGUUGCUGGAGGCCUACAAUGACCUGGUGAUCACACUCAUUAAUUAUGCUAAUUUACCAACUGAAAAGACCAAUGAAGAUGAAGUUGAUACAGAGGAUCUCAUUAAAUACAUUCCAAAUAAAGCAUCCUUUGUUUUCAAGACGUUUACUGUCGUACUCAAUCACCUAUGUGCGCUUUCUGAUGAUGAUGAACAGUUACAUUUUAAUAAGAGUUUUAUUCGUACAAAUGCUGCUGACUUUAUGAUACUGAGUGCCAGACAUGCUGAAAUCCAUCACUGGAGUAAUGAAAUCACAAGACAACAAUCAUUAG